AUGAACAUCCCGCAGCGACACGCCCCGUCCGUCCAGGAACUUCGCAACUAUUACGUCGGGCACGAUAUUCAGGAUGUCCCCAAGCCGGCCCUUAUCUUGGAUGCCGCAAUUGCGCGCCGCCAUUGCCAGACAAUUCGGCAUGCCAUCGAUGCUCUCGGCGUAGGAUUUCGCGCCCAUAUCAAAACGCACAAGACUGCCGAGUUGGCUCGACUAUCAGUGGGAGACGAAAUGGCCACCGAGGCCAGGUUUAUUGUCUCAACUAUUCCCGAGAUUGAGCGUCUGAUGCCUCUACUCAAGGAAUACAGAUCCAAUGGCCGCCGCACCAACGUCCUCUAUGGCAUCCCUCUACCGCCGUCGCAGGUCCGACGUUUGGCUACGCUCGCCCAAGAGCUUGACCCUGGCAGCAUAGCGGUGCUCGUGGACAACCCGGCACAGCUCGACCAAGCCGCCCUGACCUUUUAUGAGAUUGCUCAAUACCCCGUCGGGGUCUAUGUCAAGGUUGAUACGGGGUACCAUCGCGCAGGGCUCCCGCCCACGUCGCUCAACAAGGGCGGGCUGCUGGACAAGAUCUCACUACUCGAAGCAACCGGACAUGUCACUUUUUUGGGGCUGUACUCGCACAGCAGCUUGAGCUACAACGACUGCACCCCAAAGCAGGCCAUGGACAACCUGGCGGGCGAGAUCAGGGGCUGUCUAGAGGCACUUCACGCCAGUGCGCCGUCUUUGCCUUGCGGCGAGACCGCCGAGCUCACCAUCAGCGUCGGGGCAUCUCCGCAAAUCGUUUCAGUACGCAACUUCACUGCCGACAAUAACCAAGACGACAGUGCAAAUCUGCGCAACGCGAUGAGGCAGGUCGAAGAAGGCUCCUUUGGCAGGCUCAAGGCCAAGCUCGAGCUGCACGCAGGCGUCUACACGGUUCUCGACAUGCAGCAGCUGGCUGCGUGCGCAUGCUCCGCGCUACAAGGAGCAAAACCUGAGGAUGAAGUGGCCGUGUCGGUCGUCGCCGAGGUUUGUAGCGUGUACAACGGACAUGAGCGAGAGCAGCCCGAGGCCCUCCUGGCUGUGGGAACCCUGGGUCUCGGCCGCGAGCCUUGUCAUGCCUACAGUGGCUGGGGCAUUGUUUCUGUACCAAGAUUUGAGGCAAUCGCCUCCACGGAGGAACAACAGCGCCGUAUAGUCGUAGCGCGCAUCAGUCAGGAGCACUCAAUCAUCUCGUGGGAAACGCAACCGGAUGACCAGAACGACGGUGCCGCUACAGCUCUGCCACCAAUUCCAGUUCAGGUGGGACAGACGGUUCGCGUCUAUCCAAACCAUGCCUGUGUCACGGGUGCUAUGUAUGGGUGGUACCUGGUUGUUGACUCGGAGAGCGAUUCGGCGGGUUCAGAGGUCGUCGAUGUAUGGAUCAGGGCGUCCGGGUGGUAA